AUGUUGUACCAAAGUAAUUCCCGAAUAAAAUUUCGGGACCCAACUGUUCUGAAUUAUGUGCACGCUUAUCUUAACCGGCCUGAAGUUCAAAAGGCCCUUCAGGCCAACGUCGCCAUGAUCAAUUAUAGUUGGGCACCAUGCAGCAAGGUCCUCAAGUGGCAAGAUAGCCCUCCAACAAUUCUUCCUCUCCUCCGAGAGAUCAUGGCCAAUGGGUUUCGACUGUGGAGGAAAUUAAAUACUUACCGUUGGAUGAAUUGCAGUGGUGAUGUAGGUGGAGUAAUACCAAUCACUUCAACUAAAUAUUCCCUUAAAAAGUUGAAGCUUCCUGUUAAGACUGCAUGGUAUCCUUGGUUCCUUGACAAAGAGGUUGGGGGAUACAGUGAAGUGUACAAAGGAGACUUAACGCUGGCAACGGUUAGAGGAGCAGGGCAUAUAGUGCCGACCUACCAGCCUCCAAGAGCUCUUUCUCUCAUCAAACACUUCCUAGCAGGGAGACCUCUCCCUUCUUCUUCUUCUUCUUCUUAA